AUCCUUAAAUGUUUAGAAUCAGAAAACUUAUAAUUCCUUUAAAUGUUUAGAAUCAGAAAACUUAUAAUUCCUAUUUUCUUCAUUGUCCUACUCCUCUAUUCUCACUUCAGAGUUUUCAUAUUUGAUUAAAAAGCUAAUGGCAAUUGUUGGAUGUGCUAAAUGCAGGCAUACUUCCUCUGAUCUUCCUCUUGUUCUUCAUAAUAAGGAUAGUUCUGUAUUGAUCAAGAAUUUGUCAGCUUCAACGCCACCAUUGAUUGUGAAGGAGCAGAUGGAAGCUAAAGAUGGAGUAAUUGAGCAGAUUGGGUUACAGAGUGCAGUAGAGGAUUCGUAUGGAGGAGUUACUGUAGACAUGAAGGAACCAGUGGACCCAAAAGUUUUUCUUCCUUUACUUAGAGCUUCGAUAUCAAAAUGGAGGCAACAGGGGAAGAAGGGUGUUUGGAUAAAGUUACCCAUUGAACUUGCUAGUCUUGUUGCACCUCUGGUCCAGGAAAGAUUCAGGUAUCAUCAUGCUGAAUCAGAUUACUUGAUGCUUGUAUAUUGGAUACCUAAUACUCCAAACACUCUUCCAGAAAACGCAUCACAUCGUGUGGGAAUUGGGGCUUUCGUUUUAAACAGUAAAAGACAGGUGCUUGUAGUGAAGGAGAGGAAUGGUGAAUUUAAAGGUAAAGGUGUAUGGAAAUUACCUACUGGCGUAGUUAAUGAGGGUGAGGAUAUUUGCACAGCUGCAGUCAGAGAAGUUAAAGAAGAGACAGGUAUUGAGACAGAAUUUGUUGAAGUUUUGGCUUUCAGGCAAAGCCACAAGUCAUUCUUUAGCAAAUCGGAUUUAUUUUUCAUCUGCAUGCUACAACCACACUCCUCUGAGAUUCUGAAGCAAGAUUCAGAGAUUGAGGCUGCUCAGUGGAUGCCAAUUGAGGAGUAUGUGGAGCAAUCUUACAAUAAAAAGCACCAGCUGUUCAAAUAUGUUGCUGAAAUAUGCAAAACCAAGGCAGAAGGUGCAUAUGUUGGGUUUUCUGCAGUACCUGUGGCCACAUCCUCUGGUAAAGAGAUGCAUUUGUACCUAAACAACCGGGAUUUUUUAGCCAACUUAUAGGAUCUUCAUUGCAGGGUUCUUGUACUAAUACUUUUUAACGACCAAGGACUCCUUUUCUUUCUUUUUCUUUUUUUUUUUUUUGUUUUAAAUUUUUUCUCACAUUUUAUUUUUAUUAUUAAAUAUUACUUAAGAAUGGAGCUUGGAGAUGAGUUUUUGUGAAGAAUGAUACUUGUAAUAAAUUAUAUUUCGUUUCAAUUGUA